GCACGUCGGGAGCUGCUGCGACUCAGCGGAGAGGGGAGCAGGGCCUGGCUCGUCGGGGGGAGGCCGCUGAGAUGCCGCUGUUCGCCACCAACCCCUUCGAGCAGGAUGUGGAAAAAGCCACAAAUGAAUACAAUACCAGUGAGGACUGGGGUCUUAUUAUGGAUAUAUGUGACAAAGUUGGAAGUACUCCUAAUGGAGCAAAAGAUUGCCUUAAAGCCACAAUGAAAAGAGUAAAUCAUAAGGUUCCACAUGUUGCUUUGCAAGCACUAACGCUGCUAGGAGCCUGUGUGUCAAACUGUGGAAAGAUUUUUCACUUAGAAAUAUGUUCCCGUGAUUUUGCAAGUGAAGUACGUGGUACAAUAAAUAAGGCUCAUCCUAAAGUAUGUGAAAAGCUAAAAGCUUUAAUGAUGGAGUGGUCAGAAGAAUUUCAAAAGGACCCUCAAUUUAGCUUAAUAUCUGCAACUAUUAAAUCUCUUAAAGAAGAGGGAGUAACUUUUCCUACAGCUGGAUCUCAGACUCUCACAAGUGCUGCCAAGAAUGGUGCAUCAUCAAGCAAAAACAAAGAAGAUGAAGAUAUAGCUAAAGCUAUUGAAUUAUCUCUGCAAGAGCAGAAACAGCAGCAAACGGAAACUAAAUCCUUAUACCCAUCUGCAGAAAUUCAACAGAACAAUCAGAAGGUCUUAAGGAAGGUGCGAGCCCUGUAUGACUUUGAAGCUGUUGAGGACAAUGAGCUCACCUUUAAAAGUGGAGAAAUUAUCAUCGUUUUGGAUGACAGUGAUGCCAAUUGGUGGAAAGGUGAAAAUCAGAGAGGAGUAGGUCUAUUCCCAUCUAACUUUGUAUCCUCUAACUUAAAUGAAGAACCUGAGACAGCUACUGUGGAUAAAGCCCCUGUUACUGAAGAUACUACAGAAGAAGUUAAGAAAGCAGAACCUGAACCUGUUUAUAUAGAUGAGGAUAAAAUGGAUAGAGCGCUGCAGGUACUUCAGAGUAUAGAUCCUACGGAUGCAAAGCCUGAUUCACCAGAUCUUCUAGACUUAGAAGACAUCUGUCAACAGAUGGGUCCUAUGAUAGAUGAAAAACUAGAGGAGAUUGAUAGGAAACAUUCAGAAUUAUCUGAAUUGAAUGUGAAAGUUCUAGAAGCCUUGGAACUCUGUAAUAAACUGAUGAAUGAAGCGCCUAUGUAUUCAGCCUAUUCAAAGGUCCAUCCUCCAGCACAUUAUCCACCCACAUCAGCUGGUGUUCCAGUGCAGCCAUAUUCUGUACAACCACAUGGUGGGAACUACAUGGUUCAGGGUAUGCACCAAGUCACUCUUCCCCAAGGCUACAGUCUAGGACCUGAUCAGAUGGGCCAACUGAGGUCCCUGCCUCAAACUAUAAAUUCUUCAGGAGCAACUCAGCCUGCUCAAGCUUCAUAUUUAAGCCCUGGACCAGAUUCUGUGGCAAACUCCGGAUACAUGAACCAGAACUCUGGCCUUCAGUCAGCUACUUACACCCAGCAUAUGGGAAUGUCUGUGGAUAUGUCAGCUUAUCAGAACUCUUCAUCUAAUUUGCCGCAAGGAGCAGGCUAUCCUGUGGCACUUCCACCUCAUUCAGUUCCGCAGCAACAAACAAAUUACCAUCCACAGCCUCUCCUUUGAAAAUAAACCAAGCUCAUAUUCCUAAAAGCAUUCGUAAAUGUUGGUGAUCCUCAUGAUUUAAAUAGCCUGUCGUUGGUAUACAAGUACACUUUCCCUUGAUUAAAAUAAACAAUCCAAUUUGCUGCAUUAUAAAGCUAAGCGAUUAUUUCAGAGUUAAAUGUAUUUCAAGUUCGACAGUUCAGAAUCGUUCUAAAGACA